AUGUAUCUCAAUUACUUUCCAUGCAUUAUAUUCUGUGCAUCUGCGUGUCUGGGGUGGGGGUCCGUUUCGACUUCCAAUGACGCGCAGCAGCCAGGCUUUGUUGCUCACCUCCGGAGCUCCGUACACGCUGUAACUUUAUCGUCUUCUGGCUCUCCCGAUACCUGGGAUUUUGUUGCAUCCUCACGUCUAACUGAUGGUUCGUUUGACUCAAUUGGCUUUUUUCCCGACCAUUUGAAGGGCGAUUUACCAGAUGCCACGUUUCCGCGAUCGCUGGAUUCCCGUCUCGGGAUUGACCGAGAGUUAACCAAGCUCCGUGAACCGUGGCUGGGGUCGUCUGCAACCGAAGGAUUGUUGGAACAUCAGACGUUCACAACGUGUUUCCCGAAACCAAGCGUGUUGCUCACAGAUGCACAAAGAAAGGAACCGUAUCAAACAUUCUUGCAGCCAGCGUCGUACACCUGUAAGGACACGAUCAUACGCCACCGCCGUUUUUGUCCUGCGAUUCGCGCCUCGUGGGCACUCGUUUUGGUCCGAGCCCUCUUGCGUAUGCUUGAAUUUCUGGGGCUGCAGCUCAUUUUCCUGGUGGUAUCUCUUUUACUCUUGGUGUUUCUCCUGAUGUGCUUGAAGGCAGUUGAAUGGUUUCUUGGCCUCAGCGUUAUUGACUUCGAGUUCAGCUUCAGUGAUAUAGGGCGGCGGUUAUAUGCGCCGGCAAGGGCAAACGGGCAAAAUGGGCAGGAACUCACGGAUGGAGGUCAGCAAAACGAAUUUGUAUUCUCUUUUGAGUCGGAAGAGCAUGAAACGGCCAAUAUCCUCCCCACCCGCCGGCUUCCGUAUGUGAUUUCAGGCGACACCCGUGAUAAAUGA